AAGCCAAAAAAGGAUGCUGUUUUGGAUAAGAAAAGAAAUGUUAUGUCAGCUUGAGAAAAGCACUCUGAUUAGACUACAUAAUGAAAUUAGAUGGAGUCAUGAGAAAGUGAAGCAUCAUGUUCAAUUAUUGUUUAUAGUCUUAGUCUUUCAACUCACAUAGGAUGAUUUAUUCUUUUCAUCAGGGACCUUUCUUAUAAUAAUUUCACUGGAGAUCUGCCAAGUUCAUUUGGUUCCUUGAUAAACCUUGAUAGAUUGUUCCUGCAGCAUAACAGAUUUACUGGAUCAGUCACAUACCUGGCUGAGCUUCCACUCAUUGAUUUGAACAUUCAAGAAAAUCUGUUUAGUGGCAUUCUCCCACAACAUUUUCAGUCCAUUCCAAACCUAUGGAUUGGAAGCAAUAUGUUCCAUGCAGCGGACGGCUCUCCUCCUUGGGGAUUUCCUUUGGACGAUGUACCACUUGAACACAAUAUCAGUCGCCCACCCACAACCCAGGCAAAUGCCAUCCAGAAUUUUGCUCCUCCUAAUGCAAGAAAACAGAAGAAGAAACGAAUUGGUCCUGGAGGAAUAGCUUUUAUGGUUGGUGGGGGAACAUUAUUGGUAACAGGAUUGGCUCUCUUCCUUGCGAUCCAUUUGAAUAAAAUUCACACAGAGAGACAAAAGAGCUUCGUCUUCGUAAGCAACCGCCAUAGUCCACUUCCUUCACAUCCAAUCAGUGCAGCCAAUGAAAUAACAAGAAGAAGCUUUUCUACGGCACAAGAUGAUAGCCUGCAAAUCCCACCUUUCAAUGCUGCAUCUCUUUUAGAUCCAAGGCGACUGCCUUCCCAGAACCAUAAAAGAAUGGUGGAAAAAACAAGAAGAAGUUUUUCUGAAAGAGACAAAUACACCAGAAGGACGAAGGUUUACACAGUAGCUGAGGUUCAGUUGGUUACUAACAAUUUCAGUGAAGACAACCUUCUGGGAGUAGGCUCUCUUGGCCCUGUUUACAGAGCUGAGUUACCAGAUAACAAGGUUUUGGCUGUGAAGACUAUCCAAAUGGCAGGUUUGUCUUUCACUGAAGAAGAAAAGUUCUUAGACGUGGUCUGUACCGCUUCCCGUCUGAAGCAUCCCAACAUUGUUGCACUUAAAGGUUACUGUUUGGAGCAUGGACAACAUCUUCUUGUCUAUGACUAUGUCAGAAAUUUAACUCUAGAUGAUGCUCUACACAGUGCAGCAUUCAAACCUUUAUCUUGGGGCCUUCGUCUACGAAUUGCUCUAGGUGUUGCACAAGCUAUAGACUAUCUGCACUCCACGUUCUCCCCUCCUGUCACUCAUGGCAACUUGAAGGCUGCCAAUAUUCUACUGAAUGAAAACCUGAUGGCUCGUGUUUCUGACUGUGGCUUGGCUAUUUUAAAACCACUGACCAACACUACAACCAAGAUUCGGGCUUCUGAGAUUGCUAUUAGAGAUUCUGGGUAUGAUUCACCUGAGCAUGGCCAACUGGGAGCUUGCUGCACAAAGAGCGACGUCUUUGCCUUUGGGGUGCUGCUUUUGGAGCUGUUGUCAGGAAGAAAACCUUUUGAAAGUUUUAUGAGAAAGGAAGAGCAGUAUCUAGCAAAAUGGGCUUCAACAAGGCUUCAUGAUAACGAGAGUUUGGAGCAGAUGGUGGAUCCGGCAAUUAAAAGAACAUUCUCAUCUAAAGCUCUUUCUCGUUAUGCUGAUAUCAUUUCUCUAUGCACUCAGCCUGUAAAGGAAUUCAGACCUCCAAUGUCUGAAAUUGUGGACUCUCUUGUAUCUUUUAUGCGAAGGCUCAAUGUUUCAAAGAGUGCUGGUGGUGUAGCUGAUGGAACUGAACUUGACCCAUUUGAGAGAUCUUUUCGUACAACCACCUCCCGCUUUAUGCCUUCACCAUCAUUGAGCUAUGUAUCUGUUUGAUGAACUACUCACACAGUCAUACAGAUGUUAUGUACUCUGCAAAUUGGUGGACAUUAACGCAAUAGGAAUGUUAGUUGAUCUCUAUUCUAUUUUUUUCUCUAUCCUCUUACGAAGAACAAAAUACUUGUUUGUACAAAGUUACUGCAUGAAUUAGAUUGAAUUUCACCUCUGAAAAGGUUCAUAUUGUACAAAGUCGGUGUUAUUUUUGGACAGUUGAAAUGGGGUUUGCAUACUAAUUUGAGUAAUAUUCAAUAACAUAUUGAAUGUCUUUCGUUUGCAACGGCUAAGGUGGAAUUUCCACUGUGUCAUUUUACAACUUCAUCGUGAGAAAGUAUUUUGUGAGUGUGUAAUAAUAGGUUACAAACGGUAAUGAAAGAAGGAAUAUAACUCGCAAAUAUGUGGAACCUACUUAGUUUAUCCAU